CGGAGUAGUGGUAUGGCACUGAUUACAAAAUGAUGGAACCAAAGUGUAGAACAGAUGUAUAUUGGCGGCCACACGUUAUACUACGUGAUCCGAUGGACUAACAAAUAAUUUGUGCAAGAUUUUAAUUAUCACUGAAAAAUAGAUUCGCGUGUGUGGUGACAACAGGAAAAAUUCUCUCUCGGCGACCGAAAUGUGUGUGCGUGUGUUUUUCUGCAACAGUUUGAAAUAAAUAUUACAAAAAAGAACAAUUAUUAUUAGUGCAAAAAGGAAAAAAAACUCUGAGAGACAGUUUGCUUGUGUUGAUACGGUCGUUUCUUUGUGCUGACUGACUGAACGACGGUUACGAAAUUGAACGUGUGCACACUGGAAGCGUCUGUGUAUUUUAAAGCAUCAUAGCCGCUUGCCUUUGUUCUUAUUCGUCUACUUUUUCUGCUUUUUUUUCAUCUCAUUCGUCUGCGAAUCGAAAAAAGGCAUCGAAUCAAUUGAAUUAAAAUAGUAGAUAAUUGUGUGACGCCGGCUAACUCAUUUCAAUCAUCGAAUAUUAAUUGAAACGAUAGACAACUUAAACACGUUACAAUUAAUGUUAUAACCCCGUUUUGAGUAAAACGCGUGUCCCAAGUGUAUAAAUAUAGAAAGCCAUUAGAUUCUGUGACUAGAUUGUUGUGUAGUGUGCUUCCUCGAUAUUCAAUAUACGAUACAAAUAUGGAAGCAUCCGAAGAGUACUACUUCUUCAAGGAGCAUUCAUUUUUGAUGGAGCUCAUUGCCGGCGGUUGCUGUGGCUUGGCCGUCGACACAUUUCUAUUUCCGAUCGAUACGUGCAAAACGCGACUACAAAGUGAAAAUGGAUUUUGGAAAGCCGGUGGCUUUCGUUCCAUAUACAAUGGGAUUUUGCCUGUGAUUGCGGCCAGUGUACCAAUUGCCGCCACAUUUUUCCUCGUCUAUGGAACCGUUAAAGACUUCGUACCGCUCAUUAUCAAUUGGUUUUUCAUCAAUUCGUUUACGUUCACCAGUGAUGGUGCUGAGCCGACCGUCGAAUCUGCUGCGCUAAAAUUUCUUAUCAAAUUUGGCAUAAAUUCAUUUGCGGCGUCACUGGGCGAAAUAUGUGCCGGCCUCAUCCGAGUGCCAAUCGAAAUAGUCAAACAAAAGCGGCAAGUGAGUAAAAUACAGUAUCGUGCCAUCGAUAUCCUGAUGCAUGCAUACAAAUCGGAUGGUUUGUUCAAUGGCAUCUAUCGCGGUUACGGUAUUACAAUCAUGCGUGACAUCCCGUUCAGCAUGAUUCAGUAUCCAACGUGGGAACUAUUAACAUCGAUUACAACAACAAAUCUGAGUGGCAAUCUAAAAGUUUUUGUCGAAGCAUGUGAUGGAUCGGUUGCCGGCGCUUUGGCAAGUGCGAUAACAACACCGUUAGAUGUGGCCAAAACACGCAUUCAAUUGGCUGACCUCGAACCAAGCUCCGAAUACAAUAUCCAGAAUCGGAAUCCAUUACGAAUUUUGAGAUCACUGUACCGACAAAAGGGCAUUAAAGGUAUCUUCAGCGGCUUUGUGCCACGCGUCAUGUGGACUACCGUUGGAGGUUUCAUCUGGUUUGGUACUUAUAAAUUAGUCAAAUAUUUAUUGGAGAGGCUGUGAAAACUGUUUUCAACGCAUUUCGUUUUUUGUUUUAUAAAUUUCAAAAUUCAUUCGUACGAUGACAUUUGUUCAUCGAUUAACACAUUAUUAUUGCAAGUGACAACUAAAAACAAAAAAGAAAAUGUGACAGAGAAAUUGUGAGAGAAUAGAAUGUAACCUGCUAACGACUUCCAUGGUAUAUAGAACAGAAACAUUUGUACUAAACUUCUAGACGAAGCAAUAUUUGUGUCAUUUUUCGACAUAGUUCAAACAGAAAUAAUAAUUGUACACAUUCAUUUACAGCGUGCGCAAGUGAAAGUUUGUAUGACUGCUGUAGUAGGUAGCUUGAUUUUAUUUUAUGUGUCCUUUUUGUUUUUAGAAAAAUACCCGAUUUCAAACUGAAACUUUUACUUUUUUUUAUAAGUCUAAUUUGUUUUUUUCUUCUAUUUUCUUCUUGAUUUCAAACUCGAAACUGUAAACUGAAUUUUUUAAGUGUCGUUGUUAGAUAGGAAAUUAACUAUUUCAAUUCGAGAAGUGUUCACCAAAUUAGAAUUAUAAAAAAUGAAAACAACAACAACAAAAAUAAAUUGUAAAAUGAUAACAAAAAAAAAAAAA